AUGACUGUGCACCAGUAUGCUACAAGGUUUGCGGAAUUAUCACACUUCGCCGCAUACCUGAUUCCUGAUGAGGAAAAUAAGGCCAAGAAGUUUGAGGACAGCCUGAACUACAAGAUUUAUGAACUAGUGAUGGUCCUACAGAUUCAGAAUUUUUCAAAGUUAGUGCACAAGGAGAUACUAGUUGAGCAGAAUCUCAAGAGAGCCACUCCACAAGGAUUCUCUAGUAUGGAUCAAGGGCCAUGGAAUAAGAGAAAUGAGGGGAGCAGCUUAAGUCAGAGACAGAUUCAGGGAAAUCAUACAACUAACCCCUGUAAGUUCUGUAACUGCAUACACGUUGGGGAGCGCAGAAAGGAAGUGGGGUCAUGUUUCAAAUGCGGUAAGGAUUGGCAUUUCAUUAGAGAAUUUCCAUUGCUUGAGGAGAACAACAGAAGGCCCUACCCUCCUCAAAGAUUUAGGCCGAACAACCAAGGCAACAACCAACGGAGGCUUGUGCCAGCACGGGUGUUUGCUUUGACACCAAGAGAAGCUGAGGACAAGAAUGAUGUAAUCACAGAUUACAAUUUGAGGGUCUCAACCCUAGUAGGUGAUAUAGUGACCUACAAAAAGAUUUUGCUUAAGUGUCCAAUAACUAUUAGUGGGAGGGAAAUGCCAACUAACCUAAUAGCCUUUCCUAUGAUUGGGUUUGACGUGAUACUGGGAAUGGAUUGGUUAGCUUCCAGUUAUGCCAGUAUUGACUGUUUUAAAAAGGAGGUGGUGUUCAAAUUUUCAGAGGGAGAGGAACUUCAGUUUUUGGGUUCCAGAGUGCAUACCCUUCCAUCAGUUAUAUCUGCUUUUCAAGUUGGCAAGUUAAUACGAGAUGAGUGUCAAGGGUACUUGGCCUUCGUGGUGGAUGAACCAAAGCAAGAAUUGGAAUUAGAAAAGAUUCCUACUGUAAGAGAAUAUCCAGAGGUUUUUCCUGAAGAUUUGUCUGGAUUGCCACCCGAGCGGGAAGUAGAGUUUGCCAUUGAACUAGCCCCAGCCACGGCACCUCUUUCCAAAGCCCCUUAUUGA